AUGGUUCCGUUCGGUUCCAUCGGUUUAGCCUUAUGGUUCUUAAUCUUCUUCGCUCUUUCCCUUAUUAAUCCCUUCGAAGCUCGUGGAAACUUCGGCCGGCUUGCCGGGAAGCCGCCGCAGAGGACCGCUUCCGACGGCAUAUGCGCUUCUUCCGUCCAUAUAUUUGGCUACAAGUGCGAAGAACAUGAUGUGGUGACUCAAGAUGGGUACAUAUUGAAUAUGCAAAGGAUACCGGAAGGACGAGCCGGGGCCGGAGAUUCGGCGAAGAGACAGCCUGUCUUAAUACAACAUGGGAUUCUUGUUGAUGGAAUGUCGUGGCUGUUGAAUCCGGCGGAUCAAAAUCUACCGUUGAUUUUGGCUGAUCAAGGAUUUGAUGUGUGGAUGGGGAAUACAAGAGGGACUAGAUUCAGCAGAAGACACAAGUACCUUAACCCUAAUCAACCGGCUUUCUGGAACUGGACGUGGGACGAGCUAGUGAGUUUCGAUUUGCCUGCUAUGUUUGAGCAUGUCCACGGCCUAACAGGCCAAAAGAUUCAUUACCUCGGACACUCCUUGGGGACCUUGAUAGGAUUUACGUCGUUCUCGGAAAAAGGAUUGGUGGAUAAAGUGAGAUCAGCGGCGAUGCUGAGUCCUAUUGCUUAUCUCAGCCAUAUGACCACCGUGCUUGGCGACAUCGCUGCCAGAUCCUUCCUCGCCGAGGCCACCGCUAUUAUCGGGUUGGCAGAAUUUAACCCCAAAAGUGGAAUAGUAGGGAGUUUUAUAAAGGCUAUAUGCCAUGAAGCGAAGAUCGACUGUUAUAAUUUACUCGCUGUUAUCACUGGGAAGAAUUGCUGUCUUAACGCAUCGACCAUUGAUCUUUUCCUGGCGAAUGAACCUCAAUCUACAUCCACCAAGAACAUGAUCCACCUUUCUCAAACGGUAAGAGACAAGGUGCUAAGAAAAUACAACUACGGAAGUAGUGAUCGUAACAUGAAACAUUACGGUCAAGCGUUACCACCGGAUUACAACAUAUCGGCGAUACCACACGACCUACCGCUUUUCUUUAGCUACGGUGGUUUAGACUGCCUAGCCGAUGUGACCGACGUCGAGUAUCUCUUGAACCAGUUUAGGUUUCACGACACUGAUAAGAUGGAUGUUCAGUUUGUGAAAGAAUAUGCUCAUGCUGAUUUCAUCAUGGGUGUUACUGCCAAAGACGUUGUUUAUAACCAAGUUGUUACCUUUUUCAAACGACAAGCUUGA